AUGACGUCAUCUGACCAGGUGAAAAUACACAGCCUCAACGGUCUCCAAAUCUACAAAACAGCCGGUCAGGUUGAGCGCAGCACGCACACUCAGUCUGAUCCCCACCGCCAGCCUCCCUUUGUAUGCGGAGUAGCCGGCAUUUUGGAUCCCUGCCGUGGUGCCACAUACAUAACUCUCUCCGAUAGGACUUGAGGCUUGGCGGGAAGGCUGUAUCGAGUUCGCGCACUGCUGUUCUUCCACAUUGGCCGUAAGCCUGACAUCAACUUCUUCUGCUUCACAAUCGAAUCCAGGUGUGUGAGUGUGUUGGUUGGACACAAAGUGUCUCUCGUCGAGUACCACACCAAUAAGAUCCACCACUACUGCUCAACACGAAGAUGUGUACUACUCACUGAUGCUGCUGCUGCCCUUGCUGAAGGAUACUCUACAACAUGGCUACGACACACCGGAGAAACACAGGGAAGUCUCGUGCUGCUGCUUGAUGGGGCAGCCAAUGAUUGCAUAGACCCGAUGACUUGAUCUAUUCAAAAUGUUCGCCACCACCUUUCUUUUAUUGCCUCGCUCCUACUCCACCAAGACUGAUGACCCUCCAUUCAUUUACAAAAGCACUGCAAUCUCUCCCCUCCCAUGUAGUACUUAUAUCACAACCUCC